GUAUUUCCACGACUUGACCAAAAAAAAAUUUGAUUAUUUUAUCAUUUCAUUGUUAAAAUUACAAGUAAAAAAAGAGUCGAUCAAUUACAAGUAAAAAAAGAGUCGAUCAAUUACAAGUAAUAGUAAUUUAGUUUCAAAGAAUUUUGUGAAUACGCUCGAUUAAUAUAACAAAUUUAUUUCGAAAUGAGCGAAGAAGAAGGAACCAAAAAUUCGAAUGAAGACAAAAAACAACCACGAAUACAACGAACGACAGUUUCAAGAACCGAAAUGCAAAAAUUGAGAGAACGAGCACGCUCGAGAUCAUUAUUGAAUACUUCGGCGAGUGAGCGAACACCUGAACGGGGACUAUCAAGACCAAGCGUUUUGGAAAGAAUGAUACCAAAAGAGCCACCAAUGUCACGUUUGCAGCGAUAUCGUAUGUCGAAAAAAAUGGGAACAGACUCACAAGGGUCAGAUUCAGGAUCGCCUGAUGAUUCUGGAAUCGGAAAUGGAAUGAGCGAUGGUUUCGAUCUUAAAUAUGCAUAUCCACGAACACAGCGAAAUUUAAUUAAAACAAUCGAAAUAGAAUAUCUUCCACCGGGUGGACGGGAUUCGGAAUCAGCAACAACAACUAUUGUAAAGCGGCCAUUUUUUAUGGUCGGUGAAGAUAAGAGCUUAGAAGAACGUAUAGCAAAAUUACCGAAAAUUGGAGAAAAAAUCCAAGAAGAAUAUCAAACCGAAAAAAAUUAUUUAAUAACUCGACGUAAUAUCACAGAGGAAGGAAUGUGGGUAGAAGAAGUGACACGUAAUACGAUCAUUACGAAGAUUCAGAUUACAGAAUUGGUAAGCAAAAAAUUCAUCAAGAUGGAUCGUGAUGAAGCUCGCCGCCUGAUGGAACGCGAAUUGGCUGACAGAGAAGCAGCAGUGCCAAAAGUUGUUUCACCGAAACUGGAACGACCAUAUGCAGAAUUAUUGGAACAGCGACAAGCUGCUGCCGCUGCAACAAGUCAUGAAUUAUUACCAGAAGGACCAAUUACAGUUGGACGCGAACCAAGUUUAGGAUUGCCAGUCCAGCCAAGUAGAGAGCCUGAACCAGUAACAGAAGGAAUAUCAAGUUUAGAUGCUGCGUCGGCUGGUCUUGGGCGCGAGCCUUCAAGUAGAGAGCCGAGCGUCACCGAUGGUGUAACCGGUUUAGAACGGGAACCGACUGCCAGAGCACCAACGGAUUUAAUGGGAGCAAUUUCAGCACAAGGAAGAGAACCAUCAGCAUUCGGGAGAGAGCCGACUUUUCGUGAGCCAGAUGCAACCGUUGGAGGUGGAAUGAUUGCACCAGGAAUAGAAGGUGGAUCACCAGAUACCAUGAAAGAUCAAAGAGAUAAAAAUCAACAAUAUCCUAGUGAUUUGAUGGGAGCGAUUUCAGCGCAAGGAAGAGAGCCAUCUGCGUUCGGAAGAGAACCGACUUCACGUGAACCGGAUGCAACAAUUGGAGGUGGUGUUAUUGCACCAGGCAUGGAAUCCCCAAGUGGUGCACUUCAAGAUGGAACGUUAAUAGAUCCUACCAAACGCGAGGCAAGCAUGUUUCCAGUUCCAACAGUAACAGCACUUGAUGCCGAAAGUAAAGGAGAAUUAGGUCGGGAACCAUCCGCUAGGGAACCAAGUGGACUUGGAGCAGGCGUAUCCGCACCAGGAAUGGGCAAAGAUUUCGAAAUUGAAAUCGAAAUUCGCAAAAAACGUGAUACUGCCGAUAUUACUGGACCGAAAAUGGAAGAAUCCGGAAUUUCUAGAGAACCAUCCGCAAGAGAACCGAGUGGAUUAAUUGGUGAAUUGUCAACACCUGGAAUGGAAUCAGGAAUUAAUCGCGAACCAUCCGCUAGGGAACCAAGUGGAUUAGUUGGUGGAAUAUCAGCUCCAACAUUGACAGAUGGGCUGGGGCGCGAACCAUCCGCUAGGGAGCCAAGUCAAUUAGUUGGAGGAAUAUCAGCGCCAGGAAUGGAAGCAUCCGGAAUUUCUAGAGAACAAUCAGCGCCAUCACCAAGUCAAUUAGUGGGUGGUCAAUCGGCAGAUGGAGCUGGAAGAGAAUUUGAUAUUGACAUUGAGAUACGUCGAAAAAAAGAAGAUUACGGAGUAGAUCAAGAAUCAAUGAUGGGAAAAGAUAUAACAGGAGGAGUUUCAACCCCCGAAAUGCUAUCGCCAUCAGCACUGGGACGCGAACCAACGGCUCAACAAUUUGGAUCAGAACGAGGAAUGCAAACAUCUGAAUUGGAAGCAUCAGGAAUUAAUCGCGAACCAUCCGCUAGGGAACCAAGUGGAUUAAUGGGUGGUCCAUCCGCACCAACAUUGACAGAUGGGCUUGGGCGCGAACCAUCCGCUAGGGAACCAAGUCAAUUAGCGGGAGGAAUAUCAGCUCCAGGAAUGGACGCGUCAGGAAUUUCUAGAGAACCAUCCGCUAGGGAACCAAGUCAAUUAGCGGGAGGAAUAUCAGCNCCAGGAAUGGACGCGUCAGGAAUUUCUAGAGAACCAUCCGCUAGGGAAGCAAGUGGAUUAAUGGAUGGUCCAUCCACACCUGGAAUAGAAGCGUCAGGACUUGGACGCGAAGCAUCCGGAAUUUCUAGAGAACCAUCCGCUCAACCCAGCGGUGCUAUUGUCGGCGAACCAUCUUCCUUAGCUUCUGGCGUUUCUGUAACUGGACGUGAACCCUCUGGUGUUCCUUCACCUGCAACAUCAACAUCAUUAAUUGAACCUGGUAUAGAACCGUAUACUGUUCGUGGUUCCAGUUUAUUGGUACCUACACAGGACGGAGUAUAUCCUCCAAUGCGUCGAGAAUUCGAACCACAAGUCACUUAUCGUCCACCCGUCGAUCGUUUUGUUGAACAAAUUGGCCAAGUAGCCAGUCAGGUUGCAGCACAAACUCGUCAACCAGUGACAAUAACAUUCCGUCCAACUAUUGUUAUCAUACAGAAUUUCGUCUCAUUGCCAUUGGAUGUUCUGAAAGCUAGACAAGCAGCAUCAGGCAAUGAACAAAUUGUCAAUGUUCAAAACCAAGAAGUUUUCAUCUAUCCCAAUUCGAUAAAUAUCACAAAUUUAUCGGCAACAUAUUCACAUAAUAUUCAAUCUUCCGAACCGUUCCUUAAUUUCACUGAUUCUUCAACGAACUCAACACAAACAGAAAAUAGACAACAAUCAGAAAAUCAACUGUCACAACAACCAUCACAACAAUGAAUUGUUUUCUGAAAAAAAUAUAAU